GCGCAUGUGCAAAAGGUUCAGCGAUUUCAAAAUGGCUUUACGUGGUGUAGCAUUUAGUAUCAACUCUGUACUUCGGCGUCAGAUUUAUCCACGGUCUUUCGCAUAUGGCGAAAAGAAGUAUUCGGAAAGUGUAUCAUCGAAACCUAAAGCAAGUUCUGGCGCACAAUCUGCAGAGGAGCACCUGAUUUACACUCAGGAACACUUCGCUCUGAAAGAAUCUCUCAAUAAGAUAAUUUCCACAGAGAUUAACCCCUAUGUCGACCAAUGGGAGGAGGAGGCCAUGUUUCCAGCUCACAAGAUCUUUAAGAUCCUAGGAAAUGCAGGAUUUCUUGGGGUUAACAAGCCAAUAGAGUAUGGAGGCCUGGGAUUAGACUAUAGCUACAGUGUGGCUGUGGCAGAGGAGCUGGGUAACAUCUGCUGCGGGGGGAUCCCAAUGGCCAUCGGGGUGCAGACAGACAUGGCCACGCCUGCCCUGGCCAGGUUUGGCUCCGCAGAGCUGAAGAAUGAGUUUCUGAAGCCCUCCAUUACGGGAGAUAAAGUGGCCUGUCUGGGAGUAAGCGAGGUUGGAGCUGGCUCAGAUGUAGCAAGCAUCAAGACAAAAGCUGUGAGGAAAGGGGAUGACCUCGUCAUUAAUGGCGGGAAGAUGUGGACAACAACCGGGACCCAAGCCGACUGGAUGUGCCUCCUGGCCAACACCAGUGACGGACCUCCACACAAGAACAAGUCUCUCAUCUGCUUGCCGAUGAACCUGCCUGGAAUUCACAUUGCCCGGAAAAUCAACAAGAUGGGAAUGAGGUCAUCUGACACAGCGGAGGUGUUUUUCGAUGACGUGCGCAUCCCGUACAAGAACAUCAUCGGCCAGGAGGGACUGGGAUUCACAUAUCAGAUGCUGCAGUUUCAGGAGGAGCGACUCUGGGGCGUAGCCAACAUUUUGACCACGAUGGACAAUAUAAUCCAGGAAACCAUCGAGUACACGGGACAGAGGCAGAUAUUCAAGAAGCCUGUGCUGCACCACCAAGUGGUGCAUUUCCGCCUGGCGGAGCUGGAGACGGAGGUGGAGCUGCUGCGGUCGCUCCUGCACCGGGCGACAGCUUUGUAUAUAAAAGGAAAUGACGUGACCAAGUUGGCCUCCAUGGCCAAGCUGAAGGCGGGUCGCCUGGCUCGGGAACUCAGCGACAGCUGCCUGCAGUUCUGGGGGGGCAUGGGCUACACAAGCGAUGUCCUCGUCAGCAGGUUCUACAGGGACUCCAGACUAAUGUCCAUUGGGGCAGGAGCGGAUGAAGUAAUGCUGUCCAUUAUCUGCAAGUACAUGGACACGCUGCCCAGGAAGUGAUGUCAUGGCGACGGAAAAAAUGAAGAUUGUUCUGACCAAGCUGGAAAGAUUUCAUCCGAAAAUAAAUUCAUUUAGUAGUACUUAAUAUGGUCACUCUAUUAAAAUACUAUUUUGAAUGCAACAGCUAUUUAAUAUAAAUGUACCUAUAAUUGUAUGUAAACUGAAUAAUUUAGUUAUCGCCAGGUUUAGUUUUUAUUUUAAUUAUGUAUGGCCUGUAAUAAAAUUAUUAAUUUUGCAACAAA